AGUUGAAUUUUGGCGCCCGCGCUGAUCGGUUGUGCAGUCGGGAAAAUCUCACGUUUGAUCUUGUGGAAAAUGUGCCGUGCAAAGGCGUGGGUCUAUUUUUAGACAACUUGCUGAUUUCCACACUCGCCGCCGUGCUCUAAAUCAGAUUGAGAAUCGAUAACUGUCCAAUUAAUUGCACAUCGUCGGGCUCAAAGGCCAUUCGACCAGAAGGGAGAUAUCCGGAAUCUGUGGAAUCGGUUAUAUAAUCCAUGUGCGACUAAAAUGGCCAGCAAAUUUCAGAGGAAACCAUCUCCCGGCGGAACUGUAGGCAUGGGAGGGGGGCCAUCGAGUGUUUCCUCUACGCCGAGCAACCAGCCGAGGAAAAGGGUGAAACGCUGCUGCCGCAACUUCGUCACCUUUAUGUGCACCCAGGUGGGCGUGGGCGCUCUGAUCGUGAUCUAUGCCAUCUGUGGAGCAUUCGCCUUCAUGCACAUCGAGCGCCAGUUUGUGGACGAGACGGCUGGCCAUGUGAUGGAGCUGCGUCAGAACUGCUCCCAGCAGCUGUGGAGCAUCACGGAGCAGCACAACAUAAUCGAUCGUCGACGCUGGACGGAGGCCACGAACGAUGUACUGAGGGAGUACCAGUCGCAAAUAGCCGGAGUUGUCAAACACGGCUAUGUGGGCAGAAGUCCAGAGCAGAUCUGGAGCUUUCCGGCUGCCCUAAUGUUCUGCCUGUCGGUGAUAACCAUGAUUGGCUACGGCAACAUGGUGCCACGAACUCCGUGGGGCAAGGGAUUCACCGUGAUCUAUGCCACCUUUGGCAUACCGCUCUACAUCCUGUACUUCCUCAACAUGGGCAGAGUGCUGGCCAGAUCGUUUAAGUUCCUCUACCGAUCACUGCACGACUGCACCCAGGAGCACCCGCGCCUGGAUCGAAUGGACGCCCUUGAGGGUGGUGUUGGCAUGACACGCAAAAAGGUCAUUGUGCCGUCGACCGCUUGCCUGUGGGUCAUUUUCUUUUACGUUCUCACCGGCACCGUGAUGUUUGCCAAUUGGGAGAAGUGGAGCUUACUGAACAGCUUUUACUUCUGCAUGACCUCGCUGUGCAAGAUUGGAUUUGGCGACUUUGUGCCCGGUGCCUCGCUGACUACCAGUGCGGAUGUGAAUGCAGCGACGCAAAAGUUGCAGGAGGACAUUUCAGCCGAUCCUGCCGAGCUGGCCCAGCUACAGUCCGUGGCCGCCGAUCAGCACUCCAAAUUGGCCAUCAAUUUUGUCUACAUGCUGCUGGGCAUGGGUCUGGUGGCCAUGUGUCGCAACCUGAUGCGCGAAGAGGUGCGCCUAAAGGCACGCGAGAUGCGCGAGGACGCCAAACUUUGCAUGGAGGACACCAGGCUGCGAUUCGUUGGCUGUUGCGGGAAUCCUAGGGACGCGUACGAGGAUGAUUACUACUAGGAUAAGAAGAGGUUGUUAGGAGGGGUUUCAAACAAGGACGUCCCUUAUUUAGAUUUAUAUUUCAUCACUAAUCCGAAAUGGUUCUAUUCUGAUGGAACUAAAGAAAAAGCAAGUGUAUUAU